UGGAUGCAAGUGCACCAGUGGCAUAGAAAGUUCCGCGAGGUAUCGGCUUCAGCCAGGGGUUACGCAACCACCAGCAGCGCACCGGCAGCGGAUGGCGCUGCUGCGGAGCCUGGAGCACAAGUCCGCUUGACGCAGCUGUCACAUGGCGGCGGCUGUGGCUGCAAAAUAGCCCCAGCUAAGCUCCAAGAGAUUCUCCUCAACGUGCAACUCGACUUUGGCAGUCCGGAGCUGCUGGUGGGCGCCUCCACCAGCGAUGACGCCGCCGUGUACCGCCUGAGCCCCACCCAGGCGCUCAUCCUCACUACCGACUUCUUCAUGCCCAUUGUGGACGACCCGGGGGACUUUGGCAGGGUGGCAGCGGCUAAUGCCAUCAGGCAGGCGGGGAGCGCGGGUGGCCGCGAGGGCUAUGGAGGCGUUCACCGCAUCAGCCGCAUCAGCGCCAUUGACGUGUACGCCAUGGGCGGGCGGCCGCUGCUGGCCCUGAGUGUGUUGGGUAUGCCGGUCAACAAGCUGCCCGCGGGGGUUAUUCGGAGGAUCAUCCAGGGGGGCGCAGACGUGUGCAGGAAGGCAGGUAUCCCCCUGGCCGGUGGACAUUCCAUAGACUCCCCUGAGCCCAUCUUUGGGCUGGUGGUGGCGGGAUUGGCGCACCCCGACCACAUCCGAGCCAACAGCACCGGCCGACCGGGGGACGUGCUGCUGCUCACGAAGCCUCUGGGGGUGGGCGCCAUGACCACGGCCAUCAAGAAGGGGCUGCUGGACGAGCACGGUUAUCGCCAAGUGAUUGGGACAAUGACUCAGCUCAACACCGUGGGUGCGGAGCUGUCUGAUGACCCACGGGUCCAUGCCAUGACGGACGUCACAGGCUUUGGUCUGCUGGGUCACCUGCUGGAGGUGUGCCGAGGCAGCGGGCUGCAUGGCCGAGUGGCGGCGGGGGCGGUGCCCCUGAUGGGCCCCGCCAGGGGUCUGGCGGAACGUGGAGUGCUGCCCGGGGCGGUGGCAAGGAACUGGGACAGCUACGGAGCGUCCGUCAGCUUGGGGCCCGGCGUGGAGCCCUGGCUCCGAGACCUGCUGGUUGACCCCCAGACCAGCGGCGGUCUGUUGUUGGCGGUGGAGUCGGGUGCCGAGGGGGAAGUGCUCGCCAAGGAUCUAGCGAGAGAAUAAGCCAAAGAUUGGACGGCGCGCCGGGUACGGUGUGGGGCAUGAUGACACAAACUGAAAGAAGAUGCAGUGCAAAGCGUUCCUCUCCAUGUAUCGAAGCGUCAAUGCUCGCGAAAGUGACUGGCAAUUUGUGGCAGGGGGCGGCAAUGAAUAAUAAGGGAAAUAAGGGGAUUCAUUUCAAUCUUACAUAGUGAUUUGCACGGUAUAUGGAAAGUUGCGUCUGCGCGCUGUUGGCCCACCUCGUCCUCUACGGCCCACCUUUGUCAUGGCCACCCCCCUCCUCAACAUCAUCAUGUACCCCUUGGUCGACUAAUAUGAAGGUGAUAAGGCUUGGCUUGCCACCAAAUACUUGGCUGGCAUCUUUUACAAGGGAACAAGAUCUAUGUAUUUAAAACCAACUGCCAGGCUAUUGCACAUCCUGCAUGACGCUUGCCCGAGCGGCAGUAUGGGGAUCAAAGCAAUCAAGGCAUACGUCCGUCCUGUCGCCAGUAAAAGAGAGUGAGAAAAUCAAAAUCGCUGUGAUGCUAAGAGCUAAGAGGGCGCCUAAAAGAAAGAAAGGAUAUAGAAAAUAAGGCACAUAACCACCGCCAAUGCUUGGCUGCCUGUCCAAGGCAAGAAAGGAAACGGCAAAGUUGUUUGACCACCCAGAAGGUUGAAUACAUUUAUGCACCGACGUGCAAUAGUGCUGCCUCCAUCACGG